AUAUUGGGUCAUCAAGUUUCAGACUUUGAGGCGAAAUUGUUGUCAGAAAAAAUAAAUAUAGAUUUAUAUAUAAAACUACCAAUGUCAUGGCAACCACAACAAAAUGGGGAAGGAAAAGGUAAACGGUUAUGCAAGAUUAGGAAACGUGGUUGUUCAUCAUCAUCUUCUUCAUCUUUGAUCCAAAAAUACAGAUUCAAGCGUGCGGUUUUGGCAGCUUCAACGAAGUCACCUUCUUUAGCAAUCCCGAGUGCUGAGUUUCCCACCACAGGUUCACCGGAGAGUGGUUCCAAAACCAAAGAAGCUUCAGUUUAUGCUAGAAAACUUGCCGCCACGUUGUGGGAGAUCAAUAAAAUAUCUUCACUGCCAGGCAAGGAAGAGUUGGAGAAGAAAGAUAGGAGGAGAAAAGCUCCCAGAGUUUUGAAAAUGGCUCACACCUUGCCGCCGAGUUUGUUUGAUCCGUCUUAUAGCCCUAUUUCAGAGAAAACGGGUCGAUCCAGAAUCGAAUCUCACAAGAGAAGAUCUUCGGUUGUUUCUCAUAAGCUUGAAUUAAGUGAUUAUAAGUUGGGGAGUUCGGACUUCGUUGGCAACGCCAGUCUAAUAGAGACUGAAACUCAUUCUAAAGGUAAAAAUCAUGCUGGAUGCCUAAGUGGGACCGAAACUCGUUUAAAGGACAUCCGGAAUGGCCUCACCACUUCGAAAGAGCUCUUAAAAGUUUUGAAUCAUGUAUGUGGUCUCGAAGAGCGACAUUCAUCGACCAUGUCCCUUAUAUCUGCCCUGCGCAUUGAACUAGAUCGAGCUCGCACCGGAGUUGAUCGUUUGAUCCGUGAGCCAUGUUCUUAUUGUGAUGAAAUGGAGCACCUCAUGAGGCAUUUUGCAGAAGAAAAGGCAGCUUGGAAGAGAAAGGAGCGCGACAGAAUCCGAGAUGCUAUAGCAUGUGUAGCGGAUGAGCUUGAGGUGGAGAAGAAACUACGGAGGCAAACAGAGAGAUUGAACAAGAAGCUCGGAAAAGAAUUGGCCGAUACAAAGGCAUCUCUGUCGAAGGCGACAAAGGAGUUUCAGGGUGAGAAGAGGGCAAAGGAAAUAUUGGAGCAAGUCUGUGAUGAGUUUGCUAAAGGAAUCGGAGAAGAUCGAGCCAUGGCAGAAGAACUGAAAAGAGAGACGGCUAAAGUGAGGGAAGAAGUGGAGAAGGAAAGGGAAAUGCUUCAGUUUGCCGAUGUCUUACGCGAGGAGCGAGUUCAAAUGAAGCUUUCGGAGGCUAAACAUCAGUUUGAGGAGAAGACUGCAGUUGUCGAAAAGUUGAGGAAUGAACUUGAGGCAUACCUAGGAACCAAAAUCAACGAAGAAAAUGUCAAUGGUUCUCCGAACUUGCAGAAGAUCAAAGAGCUCGAAGUGUAUUUGAAGAAUAUAGAUUUUGGAAUGUGUCGAGCAGCCAAGAAAGAUGUCGAUAAAGGUGAAGUCAUGGUGAAUGGUGGAGAAGAGUGUGAAGCAGAUGAUUCAGCUGAUAGUGAUCUCCAUUCCAUUGAAUUAAUCAUGGACAACAAUGACAAGAGCUACAAGCGGAGUUAUGCUUGUGGAAAUCAUGUCAAUGGUGAAUCUAAGAGGAUUCCGAUCGGAAAAGAGAACAAGGGGAUGAAAUCUCGGUCCGAGGAGCUUUCAUGGGGAAGCAUUUGCUUAGAAAGAGGAAGUUCGGACUCCACAGAUUGGGAUCAUGAAGAUGAAAUAAGAAGAUACAGGUCAGUGAAGAGCCUUAGAGAUCACAUAUUAUCUAGUAACAAAAGAGCACCCAUCGGAAGCUUUUCGAGUCCGACCUGGCAAUGGAGCAAUGGCUCACCGGCUUUGAAUAGGGACGAUUCAAAACAGUGGCCUAAGGUAGUUAGCGCUGGAUGUGAAGGGCAAACUUCAACGAGCUGAGGAAAAGAUAGAACCUUUUUUUUUGUAAUGUUUCGUCAUUUGUUUUGUUGGCUAAUGUUCAUCAAUUCCCAAACUUUAGAAGACCAGACAGUAAAUCAACUCUUAGGCUGUAUGAAUCUGUUAUAAUUUAUGGAUACGAAUUUGC